AUGACUCCUGUGAGCGAUGGAGGCACGGCAGAGAGCAUCUUCGACCUAGACUACACGUCCUGGAAGAUCCGCUCCACACUGGCGGUCGCCGGCUUCGUCUUCUACCUGGGCGUCUUCGUGGUCUGCCACCAGUUGUCGUCCUCCCUCAAUGCCACGUACCGCUCUCUGGUGGCCAGAGAGAAGGUCUUCUGGGACCUGGCGGCCACGCGCGCCGUGUUUGGCAUUCAGAGCACGGCUGCGGGCCUGUGGGCCCUGCUGGUGGACCCCGUGCUGCAAGCCGACAAGGUGCAUGGCCAGCAGAAGUGGUGCUGGUUCCACAUCGCCACGGCAACUGGAUUCUUCUUCUUCGAAAAUGUAGCGGUUCACCUGUCCAAUGCGCUCUUCCGCACGUUUGACUUAUUCUUGGUGGUCCACCAUCUCUUCGCCUUUCUUGGCUUUCUUGGCUCCUUGGUCAACCUGGAAGCUGGCCACUAUCUGGCGAUGACCACAUUGCUCCUGGAGGUCAGCACCCCCUUCACCUGCAUUUCCUGGAUGCUCUUAAAGGCUGGCUGGUCCGACUCGCUGUUCUGGAAGCUGAACCAGUGGCUGAUGGUUCACAUGUUCCACUGCCGAAUGGUGCUGACCUACCACAUGUGGUGGGUGUGCUUCUGGCACUGGGACGGGCUGCUCAGCAGCCUCCACCUGCUGCACUUGGCGCUCUUCCUUGUCGGACUGAGCCUCCUCACGCUCAUCCUCAACCCCUACUGGACCCACAAGAAGACUCAGCAGCUGCUCCAUCCAGAGGAUUGGAACUUUGCUCAGCCGGCGCCCAGAAGCAGCCGGCCCACUGGGGCCAACGGCCAGGUGCUGCCCAAGAAGGGGCAGUAG